AUUGGAGUACACACAAUUAUUGAAGACUGAAGAAUAAUGGAUCUAAUUUGAGAUUUGACGUUGCGUGAUGCCUGAGGUCGUUCCAAGUAGAGUUGUUAGCUUUACGAGUGAAGAUAAAGCUUUUCCUGCAUCCAACCUUUUAAAAGGGUCGUCAUUCUCAAAAUGGUGUUGUGUAAGUGGUGGAAGCAGGCAAGAAGCUGUAGAAUUGAGUUUUUCCGAACCUAUUGAAAUUUCACGUUUAGAUAUUGGGAAUAAUGGUUCUGCCUUUAUCGAAGUGCUGGUGCGAAGAUCUGCUUCAUCGGACGACUCAUCGGUACUCCUGCCAUCCUCUUCUUUUAUGUCUCCAGUAGAUGCGAAAAACGAAACGAACCUUAACCGUGUCCGGGUAUUUAGUGGUGAUCAGUUUAUAAAAUCUAUAGCUUGCCAGAAAUGGGAUCUAGUCAAAUUUGUUUGCUCGCAACCGUUUAACAAAACUUUACAGUAUGGCAUUUCUUUCGUUUUCUUCCACACUCCAGCUAAUGCGAAUCCAGCAGCCGACGAUAAAAACAUUAAAGUAGAUAGCUUACUGAAUGACGAAGAAUCAGACUCAACUCAAUUCAAACCAGGUUCACUCUUUCAGGCUUCACGCCAGACAUCUUGUGAUAAAGACAAUUCACAGCCCAAGUCAUCAAUUUCAGAUAAAUUAAAUGCUUUGAAACAUUCGUCUAAUUUAAUUCAGAACGCGAAUACGUCAAGUUCAUUACUUGUGAGUCGACCAGACGAUCAUCAUAGUUCCUCUAAAGCCAGUACCAGUUCUCACCAGUCUCACUCAAGACCUUCUCCCACCAACACAGGCAUAAUACGUUCUUCACAGUCUUCUCGCAUAUCAAAGAACAAAGAAGAAUAUAAACAAUCAAAAACAUCUCAUUCAACCCAAAAACCUUUAUCAAAUGUUAUUCUGACUUUGAGUGGUUAUCAAAAUCCCUUAAGAAGUCAAAUCAGAGACAAAGCCCUGGAACUUGGUGCCAAGUACAGACAAGAUUGGGGUCCAGAUUGUACACAUUUGAUCUGUGCAUUUCCAAACACACCUAAAUUCAAUCUAGUUAAAGGUAAAGGUAUAAUUGUUUCCGAUAAAUGGAUUACACAAUGCUACGAAACUAAAAGUAAUGUACCUUGGCGUAGCUAUAGAGUUGGACGUGCACCUAGUCCACCGAAUACUGCAACUCUAUCUUCUACAUUAAAUCAGUCUUUAAAUGAUGAUGAUGAUGAUGAUGAUGAUGAUGAUGAUGAUGAUGAUGGUCAGUCUCCGAAAUCCAAAUCAUCAGUUCAUAAAACUAACCUUAGACUACGAGGAAAGAAAAAAUCAGAUGAUGACGACUGGCAACCAGGUUCUUCUGAUGAAGAAGCGGAUAAUGAUGACGACGAUGACGAAUUCCAGGAGACUGACGAAGACGAAGAUAAUGGAGAAGAAGAAGGAAGUGAUGAGGACUUAUCUGAUGAAUCGAAUCGAAGAAGAAAGCGUAAAUCAAAAACUAACAUGACUGCUAACGAUCCAGAAGAUGAAAAUACAGAUGAUGAAAUUCAAAGAGUCAUGACAUCGAGUCGUAAUCAGUUGUCGGUCGUUCAUGAAGAUGAGGAUGAGGAAACUAUUAAAGAAUCACUUAUGAACAGUCUUCCCGAUAUAUUUAUGAAUAAACACUUCUUUAUUCAUAACAAAUCAAUUCCUAAUGACGAAGAAUCUUUAAUUAAACGAUUAAUUGUUGCGUUUGCUGGUGAAGUAACUACUUCCAUGAAUUGGAUGUUCAUUUCGUUGUGCUAAUGAUAUGUGGCUACCUGGACCGGAUCAUAUAUGUGCCUGGUACUACUUUGUAGCCGACUGACUUCAAACUAAACUAUAAUGCCAAAAGAAAGCAACUGCAUUGGUUACCUGAAUGGAAUUUCCAUUCUUCUGGUCCUAAAUCUUUAACAUUGAAUUUUAAAAAGUGAUUGAUUGUUAUUUAAAGCAUUGAUAAUUAUUGAAUAAAAGUUCUGUACGUCAUUCAUUAUACAUCAAUUAAAAAUUAAAACUCUAUCAGGUAUAAUUAUUGCUCUACACGUCAAAUUGCUAAUUGAUUUCACUGAAAAUCUAUCAUAAUAAUAAGACAUUUAUGUUUAUUGACUCCUUGAUUAAUUAUCAGUGGUCAGUGAAAUGUUAUUGUAACUUUAUCAGUUGAUCAUCAGCCUAUCGAUCUUGUAUAAACUAUUUGAUAGGUGCACAUACUUGUGAAGUGUACAGAAUCUUGUGUCGAUGACCUCUGAUUAUAUUGUACAUUGUUCUCGAUUACCGCGAUUCAAGAAUUGAUCGUAUUAAUUGGUAAUAUUUCCUUCUUAUUAAUGUUCUUGUAAUUCUUGGUAUACCUUAGCACCUCACACACACAUAUAUAUAUAAAUAUACGAGAAACUGUCACGAAUCCAACGUAGUGCCAUCUUGUUCAGUUGGUAAAAACAAUCUUUGAAUUGAACUGUUUUCACUAUUCUCGUAUCUUCUUGUUGAGAUUGAUUUUUUUUCUUCUAUGAAAAAAAUAAACAAAGGUUGUUUAUGCAUAAAAUCACCUGACAAUUAGUUAUUUUUAUGACGACUUUCUCGCAAUUCAAACCAAAAUGAUCAAUAGAGAAGUGAUUAUAGAAGACUUUAUUGUUAUUUUGAUGGAACAAAAUCUUUACAAUUAUCUUAUUCUGAGAAAAAAACAAACGCACACAUAUACAUCAUGAAAUCGAUUUGUUUUGUCGGCUUAGAUACAUGUUUUGUAUUAUAACAUUAUGCUAUGUCAUUAAGACAGAGUAUAUAUAUAUGUAUGAUUUGUUUUUGUUAAAUUUCUCUUUCAUUCUUUAGUUAGAUUUGUAUGUAUGUAUGUGUGGUAAACACUUAUCACAUCAACUAUUAUGGAAUGUAUUUAUCCAAAAUAUUCAUAGUCAUUUUUACUUACUAACUCAAUUAUGUUGUUAACUGUAAUUAAAUUGUAUAACUCUUUUGUAUAUAACAGAAAUUAUUAUGUUUACUCUCUGUCUCUUCUCAUAUGUGAUUCUCUUCAUAAAUACAUUUUGAAUAUAUAAUUUUCUCCGU